CAUCUGCAAAUCCUCGACUAUAUAAACCAGAAUAGCUAAUCAAAACUCAGGAGAUUGAAGAGUGCCACUUAGCCCAUUAGCCACCUUUAAAGAAUUUUGUAACCAAUUUCUGAUGUCUACUCCUCCUAAAAUCCGAUACAUCUCAGAGUGCUUUAUCAAACCACAGUAUGCCUUAGAAGAAUCAAAGAGGCCCUUCUACCUGUCACCAUGGGAUCUUACCAUGCUCUCUGUACACUAUAUCCAGAAGGGUCUUCUUUACAACAAACCUCUUUCAGCAGAUGCCCAAGAAGACUUCAUCAAGUCUCUAUUGGACAAGCUUAAGCAGUCCCUCUCUGUGGCCCUUGUCCAUUUCUACCCACUUUCAGGCCGCCUUGUGACACAAAUAAAUGAAAACCCACCUUCAAGCUUGGUUUUUGUUGACUGCAGUAACAGCCCUGGAGCCAAAUUCAUCUAUGCAGCUCUAGACAUGACUAUAUCUGAUGUCCUUUCUCCCAUUGAUGUACCAUCAAUCGUUCAAUCCUUUUUUGAUCACGACAGGGCGGUCAACCAUGACGGUCAUACCAGGCCUUUGCUUACAGUUCAAGUAACAGAACUUAAAGACGGCAUCUUUAUAGGAUGUUCCAUGAACCAUUCUAUUGUUGAUGGAAGCUCUUAUUGGCAAUUCUUUAAUGCUUGGUCUGAGAUUUUUCAGGCACAGGGAAAUAACAUCUCUCUAACACGCCCGCCUAUCCAUAAGCGAUGGUUUCCUGAUGGUGGUCCAAUCCUCAAGCUUCCUUUUAAACACCAAGAUGAGUUCAUUUCCAGAUUUGAAGCACCAAAACUCAGAGAGAGAAUGUUCCACUUCUCUUCGGAAUCCAUAGCAAAACUCAAAGCAAAAGCCAAUUCAGAAUCCAAUACCAACAAAAUCUCUUCCUUUCAGUCCUUGUCUGCACUUGUCUGGAGGUGCAUAACGCGUGCACGCCAUCUACCACAUGAUCAGAUAACUCAUUGCAGGUUGGCCAUAAAUAACAGGGCAAGGAUGGAGCCACACUUGCCUAAUGAUUACUUUGGGAACUCAAUUUCCGCUGGGGCAGCAGUAACCACAGCUGGUGAAUUGCUUGAACAUAGUCUUGGAUGGGCGGCGUGGAAGUUGCAUGAGCUUGUGGCUAACCACUCUGACAAGGUUGUGCGUGGCUGGCUUGAUAACUGGCUGAAGUCUCCCUUUGUUUACCAACUUGAUCGGAUGUUUGAUACAUGCAGUGUAAUGAUGGGAAGUUCACCCAGAUUCAACAAGUACGGGAAUGAAUUUGGAAUGGGGAAAGCAGUGGCACUUCGCAGUGGGUAUGCAAACAAGUUUGAUGGGAAAGUUUCAUCAUACCCAAGUAAAGAAGGAGGAAGCAUUGAUUUGGAGAUGUGCCUUCCGCCGGAUUCAAUGAGCGCUCUUGAGUCUGAUGAGGAGUUCAUGGAUGCUGUCUCUUUGUCCCACCAGCUGCACUAGUUUCCAAAGCUCUACGCUGCAGAAAACCAAGCCAAAUCUGUCAUUUGUGAGGAAAGAAAGCAAUACAUAUUUGUAAGUGUCUAAGCGUUGCAGUUAA